ACGAAACGACAUUUCGAAAUACGAGAAUUCCCGUAAGGAAAACGCGCGAAUAGUUUUACACGUUUCUGCUUUUCGUCAACGACCGAAGCUGUAAGAAAAGAGAAAAAUCUCUUUUAAUAUCGCCCAGCCAUUUUUAAUUAAAAUUUGUUUAGGUAAUUUAGAAUUUAGAAUUACGCAUUCCUUUUUUACAAAUGUUAUACGAAACGAGCAAAUUCUAACCUUCGACGUUUAUACGUUCGUUUAUCAAACGCUAUUUAUAUUUGGCGUAGAAAGAUAAGUUUGCGCAUUGACUUGGUCUCGAAUGGAUAACGAUAUCGCUUACGUCGUCGUCGUUAUCGCUCGUCUCCGUAUUAAUUGAUGCGGGACGGAGGAAGAGUUAAAGGAGAGAAGAUUUCCGAUUUGGACUUACGACGGCCGAAAUUGCCCGAUCUCCGUUUCGAGAUAAUAUGGAAGGAACGGCCGAAGAGUACGAAAAAUCCUGCCCCGAAAUACUCUCUCGCUACGCCGCUUCUUCUGUAGAUUUACAUUUUCCGGCCAUGAAAUGGUCCGAGGAGGAUGUCAUUUUGGAUAUCGGAUGCGGUCCCGGAAGAACCACCAGGAAUAUUCUCUUACCGAAAUGUCCGAAAGUAAAGAAAAUCGUGGCCGUAGACAUAAAUCCCGGUUACGUCGAGUAUGCCAGGAAAACAUAUUUCCACGAAAAAAUAGAGUUUAGGAUGCGGAACGUCUUCGAAAGACUGGAAUCGACAGAAAUUGAAAAAUACGAUAAAGUCGUGUCUUUCUACGUCUUCCAUUUUAUAAAUGAUCUGGAAAACUUAUUUUCUGUCGUUUCUUCGCUUCUGAAGCCCGGAGGACAUUUUUUCUUCGUUCUUAUUACCAAACAACCUUCGUAUUCCGUCAGACGAGAGCCGAGUACCGACCGAGAGUGGACCGAGUACAUAAAGACCGAAGAUAUGCUGGACACGAUUCCGCCCACCGACGAUUGGAAGGACGUCGAAUCGGAAUUUAAAAAUUACGUUUUCCGGUUUGGCUCGAGAGUGACCAAAAGUAAAUGCGAUGUUUUAGAUGUGCCGUUUUCUGAUAAAAAGCAAUUUUUGGAUUUACUACUCGCCGUAUCGCCUAAAGCCAUCUUCGAAAACAUGGAACCGGACGUAAAACAACGCCUUUGGAGACGGGUGGAACCAAUUAUACGCCACGCGGCGGGAAAACGGUGA